AUGACACCACCACCACCAUCAUCAAAACAACUUCCAACCGAAAUAUACGAGCAAAUUUUUCAAAGCUUUAUACCGAAAAAUGGCAUUUUCUCAACGCGAGAUCUCCACUCAAUAAUACUAGUUAAUCAUCAAUGGUGCAAUGCAGGAAUUCCAUUAUUAUGGAGUCAACCAUUUAACGCACGUCACUCGAUAAAGAAACAAACGAAAAUAAUCGACGUCUAUCUGUCAUUCAUGCCGAAACGAGAACGUCGCGACAUUUUCCCAUUUACGAAAAAUAUCUCGAUGAUGUUUAAGCAGCUUUGGUCGAAUAAAUCGGCAUCUGCUUUCAAUAAAUCGGUGCCUGCUUUCGAUUACCCGCAUUUUGCAAAGGAGCUUGAUGUUGAUGGGCUUUUUGAGAUUGUGUUGUGUUGGUGUUAUUUAAAGUGUCGAGCAGACAGAGCGUGGGAUGUCGUGGUGGCGAUUAUGAAUUUGUUUUAUCAGCGUAAUGCGACGUUUGAAAGGGUGUCGGGGCCGUUUAAUUUCAGUAUGUCGAAGCCGUUUUUGAAGAUUUUUUAUGUGGCGCCUGGAUUGCAGGAAUGGAUUUCGUCGAUUCAGGAUUGUCGGCUGAUUUGUGAAGAAAGAAUCGAGGAUUGUAGUCAGCCAUCGCUCGCUGACUUAUCCAAGCUUGAUCUGACAAAUACAAACACAUAUUGUGAUGACAAAAACACCGCAACAAUUCACAAAACAUUAUUCCGAACCAAAGGACUAUGCCGAUUCAAAUUAAAAGGAUGCGUCGGACACAUUGACACAAUAAUCGACGGUCUAAAAUCAAAUGCAGACACACUACAAGAGAUAGAGUUCACGCGAAUCAAUUUCCGAUGGACAUCAACAUUACAUUCACUUGCUCAACUAACAAACCUCCGACUUGUCACAUUUGUCGAGUGUCGAUGUCUGAGUAAGCGGUUGCUGAAACCAUUGUUUUCUGAUCCGAUGAGUACUCAGCCGUAUUGUUGUUUUGUGGACUGUGAUGAUUUUAUUCGG